AUGAAAUGCCGUUGUUUGCUGCAUCAAUGCAUGCAGAUCAGCGUCCUUCAGUGCCAGGAUGAAGUACGGGGCCCUCUCGCAUUUCAGAUGCUGCAAUUAGCAAAGCUUCAAGUGGAGCCUCAGCUGCUGCUGGUCAGCAACAGGGCAGACGAAGACAUGCUGAUGGUUGCCCGUGCCCCGCUGGAUGGGUACGAGACUGAGUACGGCAGCGAGUACGGCGUUGGCGCGGAUGGGUACAGCAUUGGCGGCAGCUGGGCAGACAGGAGACGCUUUGAUAUGCGGAUGGAGCGGAGCAUGGCGUUCGCGUACGACAAGGCGUUACGUCGUCUAGAGCAGCUCUACGUGAGACAGACUGGCGCCGCUGUCGCCAGCGUGGGCCUUGCGACCCAUGGGUCGGCUCAAACGACCCAUGGGUCAGUCGGUGGCUUCGACAGCUUCGGCAUACCCUCCCAGUGCCCCGGUACCACAGCCCCUGCCGCCGCUCCCGUUCCGCAAUGCAUGUUGCACGUGGCGGGCCUUAUGGACCUGGGCCAGCGACACGCGGUGGGGGCACUGGGGGCGCUGGUGGGGUACCUUCUCCGGGGGGGUUGCCAUUCCGUGUAA